CCUGUGCUCCGUGAGGCGGUACCGCCGCUCCCUCCCGCCCCGCCAGCCUUUGGACCCGGGGCGCGGCACCCACAGCCCCGUGGUGCGGAGGGCAGCGGGUGGUGAGCGGCGGCCAGCACGGGGGGCGGAGGAGCAGCUCUCCCAACCUCCCAGGCAUGGCUGCCCCGCAGCUCACCGAGAGCACCAUCACGGUGGAAGGCCAAACCCUCUUCUACCGCCAAGCAGAGCCGGCCCAGCAGGCACCAAAGCUGACGGUGCUGCUGCUGCACGGCAUUCGCUUCUCCUCUGAGACCUGGCUUCAGCUGCGGACACUUGCCACGCUGGCCGAAAACGGCUACCGAGCUGUGGCUAUCGACCUGCCGGGGCUCGGGCGCUCGAAGGAUGCAGUGGCCCCAGCGCCUGUGGGCCAGCCAGCGCCAGGAACUUUUCUGAAAGCGGUUUCGGAGGCUCUGUGCCUGGGUCCGGCUGUGGUGAUCAGCCCAUCGCUCAGCGGCAUGUACUCCCUACCUUUCCUCUUCCAGCACAACCACCUGCUCAAGGCAUAUGUGCCCGUGGCACCCAUCUGCACUGAGAAGUUCACAGCAGAGCAGUACACCCAGAUCAAAACACCCACGCUGAUCGUGUACGGGGACCAGGAUGCGGAGCUGGGGCAAGCCAGCCUGAACAACCUGCAGCACCUCCCUGAGCACCAGGUGCUGGUGCUGCAGGGCGCCGGACACGCCUGCUACCUGGACAAGCCUGACGAGUGGCACCGCGGGCUCCUGGCCUUCCUGCAGCAGCUGGAGUGAGCGGGACAGGCUGGAGGACACAGCCAGCCCACCCACCCCUCCACCCAUGCACACACCUUUGCGCCAACCCAGCUGCUCACCUGGUGUCCCCACCCAGCCUCCCUUGGGACCAAAUAAAACCCCAAGCUCUGCCACUUUC